GGAGACUACAUAUUGACUUCAUCAAGUCAUGAUAACACCAAUCAUUGUAGAAGUUUUACCACAUACAAACCAGAGCGUAUCUAUAUUAUCAUCACUUUUACAUCUAUCAGUGGCAGCACAAUUCAAUUACUGCCUUUUUUCUUGCUUGGGAUUGCAGUGAAGGUUAUGAUUUCCGACGAUCAGAAUCGCAGUAGAGCUCAUGAUAAUCUGAUCCGUCGAAUGAAAACUCAUCCAUCGGAUUAGAUUACCCGAGUUUGGCCGGUUUUGUAGGUGGUUCUAAUUUUAUUUUGACCCGGACCGGACUGUUACUGUGGCAAGAAACUACUAGUUGGAGAAUGGAGGACCUCUUAGGGUGACUUGCACGACUGGUAAUUUUAGAAUGAUAAGGUGGGGUCCAAACCCCAGAAUGAUGCAGCGUAUAUUCAGGUACAUCAUGACGUAUCAUAGUCCAUCAAAACCCAAUCAAUCUCAGCCGUUGAUUACUACAUCAUCGUAUAUCCGACCAAAAACUCCAACGUGUUUUAUGCUGCCCACUGAAACUAACGCAGCGCAGACAAACCAUUAAACCUCACGUGGAAAACCAUUAUUUGGGUCAACAGCCGCCAGGCCGCCAGAGCGUUUCUCAGACGCGCAACCUUAUGCGUCUGGGCUUCGACCUAUUAGUCUGAGUCAUUUCCACAUGUGUCUGAUAGUAUAAACAGUACAGAACACUGAUGCAAUGUUAAAAAGGCAUUGAUGAUUCGCAUAUACUUAUUCUUUAUUAGUUUGGUGAGAGCCAAUAGCAACGUAGGAACAAAAUCUAACGGUCUCUGAAUUCUUGAAACGAAAAAAAAAAAGCAAAGGGAAAAAAAUAACCCACCAGGCCAGCCAUCUCGACGCGCCACCAACAUCAUCGUCUCUCUCAUUCUUGUGAUAGCACCAAAUGGGUGCUGAAGAACCUGUAAAGCUUCAACCUUUCUUGUUGGGUUUUAUUUUUUUUUUCAAAAAUCGGUUGCUGAUUGGUGAGCUAUUGUGCUGUUUUGUACAGGUUAAUAUUGUGCAGAGCGAGAAUGGAGUCGUGGGAGAUGAGAAAGAAGAGGAGAAAGUGAAGGAUAUUGAGAAAGGAGAAGUGGGAGUUGAAAAUCAGCAAGAAGAAACAGGAGGAGGAGGAGGAUUGCAUUUUGCUAGGAUGCAGAGAUUGUCAGCUACCAACCCUUUGAGGCUUGUUGUGGAAAAUGCUACCAGAGUUGCUUCUUCUUCUUCACCUGUUCAUUCUCAAACUCAUCAUCAUCAUCCUCCUCCUCGGGCAACUCCAUCUCCUGCUAAUAGCUUUCCUCGACCUUCCCCUGCUCCUUCUCAGCCUCGGUCCACACCUACUCCACAACAGUCAUUGAUAUCCCUUAAUUCAAGAUCAUACACAAACAAGAUAUCUUUGCUUGUGUUCGUGGUGCACAUGAUCCUGGCGUUCGGGCUUAUUUGCUUUCUUAUAUUUAAAGGGGUUCAAGGAGUGUUGCAAGGAGGGAGAACAAAAAGAGAUGAACUGAAGAUAUUGAAGGAUUUUCUACCUCAGGUUGAGGCUGCUGCUUUUCUUAGCAUCACUCUGGCAGUUUUCUGGCAAAAGGCAAUAAGAGUAUGGCCUAAGUUCAUGGUGCGUUUUAUAGUUUGGAGCUCUUUUGUUUUAUCUCUAUCGGCUGGGAUCCUGUUAAUUUGUUUCCAGAAACCUACUACCGAUGCUCUUGGAGUCAUUUUUAUAUUCUUUUCAAUUGGGGAUGGCCUGUAUGCUUGUUGGGUCUAUCAGAGAACAGGAUUUUGCUCCAAAGUUUUCAUCAAAGCACUUGAACCUGUAUCGAAAUUCCACGAUAUAAACCGGCCUACUUUCUUAAUGCUGGUAGCUGGUUUUUUAUGGAUGUCUCUUUGGAUUUUAGCCGUCAUUGGUUCAUUGAAUUUCUAUUUCCCGCCAUUGAUUAUCAUCGCUUUGGUGCUUAGUAUGGCUUGGAUAACUGAAGUGAUGAGGAAUGUAGUUAACUUAACAGUCAGCAGGGUUAUUGCUCUCUAUUAUCUUAGAGGAAUGCAGUCCAACACUCAAUUUUGUUUUCAACGAGCUUUGUCCCAAAAUUUGGGAAGUGCUAGUCUUGGAUCGCUUUUUGUGCCUGCAAUUGAAGCUCUUCGGAUUGUGGCUCGUGGGUUAAAUUUGAUUGAAGGUGAAGAUGAGUUUAUGUUUUGUUGUGCACGUUGUGGUCUCAAAAUCAUGGAUUCCAUCUUCAAAUGUGGCAAUGGCUGGGCUUAUGUGCAGGUAGUAUUAUUUUAAUGGCAUUGCCAUUUAGUGGUAUCCAUUUCACCAUGAAAUGCUUAAAUUUGUCGAGAAAAUGUUAAUUCUCCAUGGAGAUUAAUAGCUCUAAGUCCAUAGAUUUCCGGUAAACUUUGGACUGUAGAAUUGCACUGAAACCAAGUUGAGGACCAAUGGAUUUUGUAGGGUCAGAAUCAAUUACAUUAACUACCGGAAUUUAUCUUGUACAUUAAAAUUGACCUAUGAGGCAUGAGCAUUGUGUUUGAGUUCUGGACAUGUCCACAAUUUACUUCUUGUUUUCUCUCUCUUUGGUUCUUUCUUGCCAAGCACCUGACAACUUUUUUGGUCUUUACGUUACAAUGAUUGUGAGUCUAUUAACCAAAUCAAACGCAUAAACACAGAAGUAAUAUGUCAGUUGUUUGCCGUUAUUGACUUCAGAUCUUCUGGGUAAACAUAGUUAGAAGUCAUCAUUUUGUGUCUGCAGUAAGUUAUGAUUCUACUGUCCGAAUUCCAUCAAUUUGCAAUAUAGAUUUAAAUGGACUAAAUAAUCAAUUGCCUUCACAGAUUGCUGCAUAUAAUAAAGGUUUUGUGAAAGCCUCACAAGACACAUGGGAGUUAUUUGAGAGGCGAGAAAUUGAGCAAAUUGUGGACUCAGACAUUACUAGUGCUAUCUGCUUCUUAACCGGAGUAUGCAGUGGCUGCAUUUGUGUCAUAGUUGUAGCUGCAUGGACAGCCACAGUCCAUAAAGGAUACAUAGCCACCGUAUCUCUCCUUGCUGUAUUCAUUGGCUAUUUGUUGGUUAGUCUCUUUUUCUUCAUAUGAUUAUAGUCAGCUUUCAUUGAAUCAUUAGAUUGUAGCAAUUAAACCAACUUUCUCAGUUCCAUGAUUUCUUGACUAAAAUAAGUUUGCACAAACUUAUUCAAAUGUUACGAUGCAGACUAGGAUUGCAAUGGCUGUGCCUCAAGCCUGUGUUGGUUGUUACUAUGUUUGUUAUGCUGAGAAUCCCAACAAUAGGCUCUUUGAUCAAACAAUACAAGAUCGCCUCAACGUGCUUAAUGAUGGCCGUGAUGUGGUUGUUCCAACUCCAAGAGUUCCCAGAAGGUACAUGAGGUAGUUAGCUGAUCUGAGAUGUAACACGUUUCACUAUCUCACUACAAAUGGUAAAACAUAUUUGGGUGCAACUCCAUUGAACAUAAGGGCCAGUGGACCUUAAGGAUGCAUUCCUACUCAAGGCUGUACAAGAAUCCCAUAGGUGGGUGCAUAUGUUGAUGAUUGCAUUAUAACUGACUUGUUGGCAUAGAAAAUGGAAAGAUGAAGAUUGAGAUUGGGUGUCCACUCAGAUUCCAUUGAAUGAGGUUACAAAGACAACUAUUCAACUGGAUUUGGCCACACCCUUGAUGUAUGUAUCAUAUUAGGUAAACUCUUUAGAUGUACAAUUGUUACCAAUCCAUUCAUUAGUUUAGUUAUAUGAGUUUGAUGUAUCUUUCCCCUUUACUUUCCACCCCAAUUGACAUUCUUUAUGUAAAUUAUUGAAGAAUAAAACUCAAAUAUUUAUUAUAUGUUGUCGUGGGGUGGGCCAACUUCAAUUGAUAUUUAGGCCUCAAAGCCUCCUGUGAGAUCUGUAUUUGGUGCAGAUAUCAUGUUUGUGAAAAUUUAUUCUGUUAUCUGUAUGUGAACCUUUGCAUAAUUUCAAGUAAGGCAGCUACAUUUUUGCCGCAGUCAUUAUUAUAGCCAAUCAGUAUUCUGAUCAUAUGAGAAUACUGCAGGAAUUUAUGUAUAAAACGCUUCUGAUCAUAUGAGAAUACUGCAGGAAUUUAUGUAUAAAACGCUUCUGA